UGCUAGGCGCCGGGCGGCACGUUGCCCGGGCCUUGGGCGGGCCACCCAGGGACAAAAAUGUCUAUGUCCAGCGAUUUCUACCUGCGCUACUACGUAGGGCACAAAGGCAAAUUUGGACACGAAUUUCUGGAGUUUGAGUUUCGGCCGGAUGGAAAGCUUAGAUAUGCCAACAACAGCAAUUACAAAAAUGAUGUCAUGAUUAGAAAAGAGGCAUAUGUACAUAAGAGUGUAAUGGAAGAACUGAAGCGAAUUAUUGAUGACAGUGAAAUUACAAAAGAAGAUGAUGCUCUGUGGCCUCCCCCUGACAGGGUUGGCAGACAGGAGCUUGAAAUUGUAAUUGGAGAUGAACACAUUUCUUUUACCACAUCAAAAAUAGGUUCUCUUAUUGAUGUAAAUCAGUCAAAGGAUCCUGAAGGCCUUCGAGUAUUUUACUAUUUGGUACAGGACCUGAAAUGUUUAGUUUUCAGCCUUAUUGGAUUACACUUCAAGAUUAAACCAAUCUGAAUUGUCUGGUUAUGAAGCUGUCUGUAUAUUUAGUUAAGGGAUGGGUAAGGGAGGGUUUAUUUUUCAUUUAUAAUAUUGGGAUUUUUAUGAAAGUGAAGCAAGUUUCUUUUUAUACGCAAACUGAAAAUAAGAAAAUACAUAAACAGGCUUUCCUUACUUGGAUCCAAGUGUGUUACAGUCCCUACCCAUUAAAUUCUGUAAAUAAAAGCUACCUGUCAUUGAAAUUUCUCUGUAAUAAAACAUAUCAAAGCCUGGAUGAAAUCA